AUGGUAUCCAUGAGGGUCUCUGAAAGAUGCGCGACCCAGUCGGCAGCGGAUGCGACCGAGUCGUCCAAGCUGAAGGAAGAGCUGGAAGUUCAGCUGCAGGACCGGCUGGGCCAGACGCGGUCUGACCUUGCCGAAUGCGCCCAGCUCACCCAGGUCGUCUCGGAACGCCUCGAGGCCGUGGAGGCCCAGCUCCGUGCCGAGCUGGCGAAGCUGAUGGUUUUGGGGCAGCAGACGGCCGUGCGCAUGGAGGAGGUCUGCACGGCGGUGCAGGAGGCGACGGCUGGUUCCGGAGCCUUGAGCGGGAGCGACUCCACCAAGGUGCACCUGGAGGAGAUGAUCAACACCGCGCUCGAACGGACCGAACACCUGGAGCAAAGCUUCAUUGCGGCCUCGAGUGGACCGGCAGCUGGGCUGGCGGAGCAGGUGAGCAAAUGCCGACAAGACCUGCAGGCGCAGAUCGAAGACCUGAGAAACCGGAGCACCAGCUGCGAGACCAGGCUCUUGCAGGAGCUCGAGCGGGUCUCAGAGGUGAUGCGCUUGGCUCCUGGCCGCGAUGAGGCAGAGCUGAAGCCGCUGGAGCCAUCCAAGGUGAGAUCGGUGCCGGCAGCGUUGCGUGGCAUGGUGCUUUCUUGUUUGCCUUUGCCGGCCCAUGCUGGUCGCAGGAAAGCGCUGGUCAUUGGCUGCAGCUAUUUCGAGUCGAACACGCCGCUGAAGGGAGCUAUCAACGAUGCAUGGAAUGUUCUGAGUCUCCUUAGACACACACUGCAGAUCUCGGAGAGUCAGGUCCGCUUCAUCGUUGAUGGCACUCGCAGUUGUCCAAUGCCUCCGCAGCGGCGGCCAACUGCUGCCACGAUCGCAGAAGGCUUGCAGUGGCUCGCAGCCGACACUCUCCCCGGCGAUGAGGUCUUCCUGUACUUUGCAGGCUAUGGGGCGCUGCUGCCACACGGUGUGGGAAGCUUCGAAGCGUGUCUCGUUCCCAUUGACUACGCUGCUCUGAAAAGUGGAGGUGGCGAUAGCACCGGUGGCUACAGGUUAGUGCCGCUGACGGAAGUCUCACAAGCUCUGUCCAAGCUCCCGGCCGGAUGUAAGGCAACUGUUGUCCUUGACUGCUGCCACUCCUCGCUGCCGGGCGUAGGAUCGAAACCUCAGCCCGCCAUGUUCCAGUGGGCGCAGAUGCAACCGGCAGCCUUUGCUGGCAUGGAUGAGAUGGCCGAUGCGCGUGCGCGGCGCCUGGUCCUGCCCAGCAUUCCCCUCCGGGCCCCUCAAGCCAUCGAGGUGCCUGCGAUCGAGUGCUCACUUACCUGCUACUCCGCCUGCCACCAGGCUCAGUGGUGUGGGGAGCUGCCGAUCGAGGGCGUCGUUCAAGGGGCCUUCACUUGGGCCUGGGUCAAGGCCAUGGUGGCGGGGAACUGCGAAGGCUCCGUAAGCCAAGUCAAGGCAUCGCUCCAGGCGAGCAUUGGUGAUUUGCAGCGCCGUUGCAGAUGGCUGGAUCAGACGCCUCUUGUCCAGAUGUCAAAGGCCAUGGAGCAGCAGGCUGGUAGGCUCUGUAGCUUUGAUCACCAUGGAACACAAUGCGGAGCCAGGUGGACCAAGGCGUGGAUGGGCAGAAGCUUACUCUCUGCGAUGGGCUGGGAGGACUGGCAGGACAACAAAGGCAAAGAAAAUGACGACUGGUACAAGUGGCAGGGCGGCAGCAAGUGGUGGCAGAAGGAGAGCAAUGACUGGCACGGCAAGAAGCGUGUGAAGAGUGAAUGGGACGGAUGGGACGAGACGUCCAACUCGAAGCAGGCAAGGUGGGAAGAUAAGCCCGAGUAUUCCUCAUGGAAUACCAAGAAGCAGUGGCAAGAGAGAGACUGGGCAAAGGACGUUAAGGGCAAUGUCUCCGUCCCCAACGCGGAUCUGAUUCCCCGGACUCCGCCAGAACCCAAGCAGAUUCCUCGGACACCUGCUGCAGCCUUUUCCCAGCAAGUGCCUCCAACUCCAGCGGGAGCCUUCGGUGCGAGGGCGGCUCCAUUGACGCCGAAUCCGCUAGCACCCGCCACGCCGACGGUUCCUGGAGCCACGCCGGGCAUGCAUGGCAUGUGGCAUCCGCCCACUCCACCCGCACAGCAAGCGGGAAAUCCCUUUACGCCGACGACUGGAAUGCCGAAUCCCCUUACGCCAACGACUGGAAUGCCGAAUCCCCUUACGCCGACGACUGGAAUGCCGAAUCCCCUUACGCCGACGACUGGAAUGCCGCCGACACCUGGAAUGCCGGCGACGCCAGCCAUGCCGCAAACCCCUGCGAACCCCGGCACUCCAGCCUUUCCACCAGCGACGCCUGCGCAAAGAAUUCUCUUUGGUAGUCGUGCUGGGCACAGUGGACUGUCGACCCCUGGCGGCCCGCAAGCCUUCCAGCAAGCCAUGCAGUCCCAGUCCGCCAGGCCAUCUUACAACAUGCCGCGAGCACCGGCCUUCACCGGCAAUGUGUCGGGUGAUCUGCGACAUGCCCCUCGCAGAAGGAACGGCAAGCUCGCACCAGCGCCUUCAAUCAAAGCCAAAGUCCGACAAAGGGACACGCCUUCGGCGGGUUCCGCCGCGAAAAAGGCGCUGCAGGAUCCCAUACCCGAUUUCAAGACCUGGAGAAAGGACAAGAAGCCCAUUGAGUUCAAAGACGUGCAGCCGCCUGUCAAGUCCGAGACACCAGUCCCAUUGCAGCCAGGCUCAACAACGCCGGGAUUGCCCACCGGUGCAUUGACACCUGGAGAUGUGGUGGGCAUGACGCCGGGCUUUGCCGGAGGGGAUGUCACCCCCAUGCUCGAACAGCCGGGAGUUGCACCAGGCAUGUACGGAUCUCUCUACGGUCAAGACGGUGGUGUCACACCUCCACAGAUCACUGGCAUGACGCCCGGCUUUGCUAUGCAGGGCCACAGGGCCUCGGUGGUCCUGCACGUGAAAGGUCGGAACGCCGGCGAGGGGAAGCGGCGGGGACAAGCAAGAUGGGGCCAUGGCUCCAAUGCAGAUGUCGCCGGAGCUCCCUCCACGGCAGGCUCAGCUUGCAGCGGCUGCAGCAUCUGCGGCGGAAGUGCGCACAAGCACCUGGCAGACUGCUUGCACGACAACGAUUCGGCGGGUUUGGAGGUGGAGCCGACGGGGCUGCCAGCGGUGGUCUCGGGAUGGCGCGAGGUGCCUCUGCGAGAUGGCGACGCGGAGGAGGCCCCAGCCGUUGGCCUGCCGCCUCUUCGAGUCUGCGCGGUCGUUUGUGGCGACGACGGCGACGGCAUGUGCAAGGGCUCCGCGGACAGGCUUGACCUGGAGCUGCGCGUCGUCGCGGACCCACUUGCGCUCGCCCAAAGAGCUCGCUUUGCCAUCUACCCGCCUUGGAGGCUCGGGCCGCACCUGCGCUUCUCCUGGCGCCUCGAGAAGAGGUCACGCGAGGAGGUGCUCUCCCCGUCCGGUACUGGUAUGGAGAGGACGCAUGGACGCGAUCCUGGGCGCAGACCGCGGGCUCUGACGGGAAUUGGAGGAGUCAGUGGCGGCUUUGGCGGGGGCACUAGCAGCAGCUUCGAUGUUGAUGUGUACACGGAGCUGGCGCAUGAGAAGACGCAGGCAAACGCAUCAUCACGGGCCUUUCAGCUGCUGUCGAACACCAUGGAUGCGGAGGCAGAAGUUGAGCUGCUUCUGCCCCUGCGCGGACACCAACUCCGGUCCCUGGCAUGGAUGCAGGCUUGCGAAGCAGAGAACCGGGAGCCGCUACUCCUGGGGGUGAGCCGCGAGUUUUUCCCAACGCUCCAUCCGCCGCAUGCCGCGCAGCAGCUGCUUUGUGAGGCUCUGGGCUGCAGAGCUGUGGCGCGAGUGCAGCGCGCCUUUCACCUGCGAGGCGGGCUUCUUGCCGACCAAGUGGGGUCGGGAAAGACUGCGGUCACCUUGGGGCUGGUGGCAUCGGAUGGCUCUCAGCCGGAGGCCUCGAGAUGCAGACGGACGCUGGUCCUGGUCCCUGGCCGGCUGUUGCAGCAGUGGCAGCAGGAGGUCCGGAAAUUCCUUCCUGCAAAUGCCGUCGAACUCUACUUGGGCGUCUGCGACAUCCCGGAGCGAGGAGCCGUUCCCCAACUGCUGCUAUCACCCGUGGAGAUUCUGGCGACGGCUGGGAAGCGGCCCCGGAUGGAGGCCUCUGCGGCCUCUGCAGACAUGGACCUUGCGGAGAUGGCACACAAGCUGAGAGCAAUCUGCCUCAGUGGUGUGGACCGGAUUGUCGUCGACGAGUUCCAUGAAAUCUUGGACUCGGCAUCUGGUGGACGGCUGCUGGCAUUGCAGGAAUUGUGGGCCGACUGUGGAGAAGGGACGGCGCUGUGGGGCCUCACCGGCACUCCGCCCCUCAGCGAUUUUGCUUCCGUGGCGCGGAUCGCUGAGGCCUUCAAGAUAGACUUGCAGGCCUUUCGGCGGCAGCUGGAUGCCAGGGAGAUAGCGCAGAGAAUGCUGGAUUAUGCGGCGAGGGCAAACGGCUCCUCUGCCUUGUCUGGUCUUGACGUUCACGAAGAGUUGGUCUCUCUCUACCAUACGCCAGCUGAGCGUGCAAUCUACGUUCAAGGGGUUGCCGAUGCGAAGCGAAAGCACAAGCAGCAGAAGCAGAUGGGCCAAGUAGAUCAACCAGUCUGCUCUGACUUGCUGCAGCUGUGCUCUCACUUUCGGUUGGAAGAGGCUGAUGUAGAAGCAGACGCCGAGAGGGAAAGUGCAUCGCUUCUGCGGACAAGAGCAGAUGCGGUGGAGACUGCUCGGCAGUGGCUGUUGGUAUCUGCUAGAAGGAUGGAGGCAGAAAUCCUGUCGGCGCGCCGCCGCGGCAACGGCCUCCCCACCCUCGUCGCGGAGCAGUACGCACAGCUGCUGGCCGAAGUCGGCGGCGAACCUCUGAGUCGCUCGACGGAAGCUGUGGCCUCGCAGAUCGCAGGGGCCAGUGCCGCUCGGCAAAGCGCCGGCCAGGGCCGGCGACACGAGCGCGACGCGGACGACCUGAUCCUGAGGGCCAUCACGGAAGUGCGUGACUCUGGCCUGGCUUCUGCGGCUAGCGGCGCCGAAGUCGUUUCCGAGGGUGCACCACAAAAUCCUGGAGAUAGCUUGGAGCUGUUGGUGGAGCUGCUGGAGGAGGGCCAACCCAUGAAUCGUUAG